AUACGGCCGCGUACAACAAACCCCUGGUAUGCUCUGUUACGGUAUGUAGGAGUCUCAUUAUCUGGAACCAGGGGGCGCGGUUUUUGUCCCGCAAUUGGGCGUGGUGUUUGUCUGCCGUCCGGACACUGGUGUUGGUAGUGCGUGUUGUGGACAUGUCCAGUCUAGUCCCGUCAUCAGCGGAGCUAGAUCGCUGGACAGAAGUAGCCAAGGAGUGCGAGUACCUGCCAGAAAAUGACCUGAAGAAACUGUGUGACUACGUGUGUGAGCUCUUGCUGGAGGAGAGCAACGUACAGCCCGUGUCAACUCCCAUCACUGUCUGUGGAGACAUACAUGGCCAGUUCUACGACCUGCAAAAGCUGUUUCAAACCGGAGGAGAAGUCCCAAGCACAUCCUACGUGUUUAUGGGGGACUUUGUGGACCGAGGCUAUUACAGUCUGGAGACCUUCACUCAGCUCCUUACUCUGAAGGCCAUGUACCCUGAUAAAGUGGUUCUCUUGCGAGGAAACCACGAGAGCAGACAAAUCACUCAGGUCUAUGGUUUCUAUGAUGAGUGCCAGAACAAGUAUGGGAAUGCCAAUGCCUGGCAGUACUGUUGUCGAGUGUUUGACCUCCUAACCAUUGCUGCGAUAAUUGAUGAGGAGAUACUCUGCGUUCAUGGAGGACUCUCACCCGACAUAAAGACCCUUGACCAGAUACGGACCAUUGACAGAGGAGUGGAGAUCCCUCACGAAGGAGCAUUUUGUGACCUGGUUUGGUCAGAUCCCGAGGAGAUCUCAGGCUGGGCCAUCAGCCCCAGGGGAGCUGGCUACCUGUUUGGUGCCUCUGUUGCUCAGGAGUUUAUGCAUUUGAACAACCUUACCUUGAUUUGCCGAGCACACCAACUGGUCCAUGAGGGCAUCAAGUAUAUGUUUGACAACCGUCUGGUGACAGUAUGGUCUGCCCCUAACUACUGCUAUCGCUGUGGAAACGUGGCAUCAAUCCUAGCGCUGGAGACUGGAGGACAAAGAGAUGCCAAACUUUUCACUGCUGUACCAGACAGCGAACGUGUCAUACCCCAGAAAGUAACCACACCUUACUUCAUCCUCUUUGUUUACGUGGCGGGACUCACCGGCCAGUUAGUCGCCACAGAUAUGGCGAAAUCCCGGCUCAAGAUCGACUUUCACUGCCACAUCUUACCAAGGAUCCUCCCCGAUAUGAAGGAAUACUCUGGGUAUGGCGGGGACUGGGUGCAGUUGAUACACCAAGAGGGGGAAGACAAGGCUAACAUGAUGUUGGACGGCAAGUUUUUCAGGGCAGUUGAAAAGAACUGCUGGUGUGUGGAGGAGAGAAUUCGAGAUAUGGACAGGACGGGAGUGAGUUUGCAGGUUCUCUCUACAGUACCAGUCAUGUUUGGAUACUGGGCCAGAGGGGAGGACACCCAUUACCUCUGUAGAUACAUCAACGAUGAUAUUGCCAAGUCUGUGGCCAAGUAUCCAACCAGAUUUGCUGGCCUUGGAACAUUACCCAUGCAGUCCCCAGACCUUGCUGUGCAGGAGCUGAGGCGAUGUGUGCAGGAGCUAGGUCUCCCAGGAGUAGAGAUUGGCUCUCACAUCAAUCGCUGGAACUGGGACCUUCCGCAGCCAGAGCCUGCUGAAGUAUGGGACCUUGAUGCCCCAGAGCUACAGUGUGUGUUUGCUGCAGCAGAGGAACUGGGGGCUGCAGUGUUUGUCCACCCGUGGGACAUGGACCAGAGCCCUCGCAUGAAGAAGUAUUGGAUGCCUUGGCUUGUUGGUAUGCCCAGUGAGACGGCAACCGCUGUCUGCUGCAUGACCAUGGGAGGUGUUCUGGAGAGGUUCCCUAAACUAAAAGUCUGCUUCGCUCAUGGAGGAGGGGCUUUCCCCUACACUCUGGGCAGGAUUGCUCAUGGACAUGCAGUGAGACCUGACCUUUGUGCUGUGGAGAACGCUACCAGUCCAAGGAAUUACAUUGGUCAAAUCUGGACUGAUUCACUUGUGCAUGAUGAAAAGGCUCUGAAGUACUUGCUGGAGGUUAUUGGAAAGAAGCGGGUCAUGUUAGGAAGUGACUACCCAUUUCCAUUAGGAGAGCACCAUCCUGGAAAGUUGAUUGAGUCUAUUGACGACAUGGAUGAUGAUACGAAGGAUCAACUGAUGGCAGGCAAUGCAUUGGAGUUUCUAGGUCUGGAUCCAGCCCAGUUCACUUAG